AUGAAGGUCAGAACAGGACAGGCACUGGGCACCAUCCCCAGGCAGUGCAAAGUUCUCCUUCUGUUGCUGCUGUUGGGCCUAGUAGAUGGUGUCCAGCAUGUACUUCCCCCAGGAUCAGCAGGAAGGAGCAGAGCCAUGGGCCCUGGAGCUUCAGCGGGAAGCAGCAGGCCUAGACUGUGGACCCUGCCAGGCAGGUUCCUGUUCCAGACCAUCCCACGGGCAACAGGCCCCAGGUGCUGGCCCCGUGGGUUUCCGUCUGAGCACCAGUCAUGGCAUGUCUUUGGUCGAGGGACCCAGCUCACAGUCCUGGGUCAGCCCAAGUCUGACCCCUUGGUCACUCUGUUCCUGCCUUCCCUGAAGGAUCUCCAGCCCAACAAGGCCACACUAGUGUGUCUGGUGAGUGAAUUCUACCCAGGCACUUUGGUGGUGAACUGGAAAGUAGAUGGAAUCCCUGUCACACAGGGUGUAGAGACAACUCAACCUUCCAAACAGACUAACAACAAGUAUAUGGUCAGCAGCUACUUGACACUGACAUCUCACCAGUGGACACCUCACAGCAGAUACAGCUGCCAGGUCACUCAUGAAGGGAGCACUGUGGAGAAGAGCGUGUCACCUGUUGAGUGUUCUUAG